AUGAAGGGAGGCCGAAGCCAGCAAUCUGGAAGCGCCAGACCUACCCCGCCAAGCAAGAAGCGCUAUAAAAUGCUAGAUUUGAAGUCCUUCUUUAGUAGCAAUUUGUCGAGUGGCUCGGGUCCAAGUACCCGUGAAAGUGGAAAUGCUCUUGAAUCUGAAGAAGGGCAAGGGGAGGUGGGUGACCUGGGACUGGGAUUCGGAGAUUCAGCACCUGAAAUUGCAGAUUCUAUGGCACAAGUUGCUGUUGAAGAUACAUUAUUACUAAAUUUGCCAUCACAAGAUAUUGAAGGUAUUAAGGUUUUCAACCCGGUUGUCCAUCUUGUUUCUGAUCCAGGACUUCGUAUUCCUAUUGAGGGAUUUCAUCCAAACAUUAGAGAUGAUGUUAAGAGGGCUUAUUUGUUGAAGGGCCCGACACAACCUUUUGGCCAUGAUUUUCCUCGCAAGUUAUGUGAUAGCAGGGCAUUUUUAGAAACUUGGUUAAGGCAAAACGAUUGGCUAGAGUACAGUGUGGCAAAGGAUGCAGCAUAUUGUUUCUAUUGCUUUCUUUUUAAGCAGGAGCCCUUAGAGCAACAAUUUGGUCAUGAUGCUUUUACCAAAGCAGGGUAUAGGAAUUGGAAGAAUGCUUAUCAUGGACUUCCUCUUCAUAUUGGUGGGCCAACUAGUUGUCAUAAUAGAGCAAGGACAGCAUGUGAAGAUUUUAAGAAUCGAAGGGCAAGUAUCACACAUAGGGUUGAGACUAAUAGUGUUGAUGCUGAAAUGAAAUAUGAAGUUCGUCUGACAGCUUCUUUAGAUGUUGCAAGCUUCCUCAUUGCGCAAGGUCAUCCAUUUCGUGGACAUGAUGAAUCUCCCUCCUCCUUAAAUAGAGGGAAUUUCUUAGAGAUGCUUGAGUGGUACAAAAAGAGGAAUGAGAGUGUAAAGGUUGCAUUUGAGGAGUUGUGUCCAUUAAAUGCCCAAAUGACUUCUCACAAGAUUCAAAAGGAUCUUACUGAAAGUUGUGCGAUAGAGAUUAGAGAAGUGAUAAAGGAAGAGAUUGGUGAUAAAUGUUUCUCAGUUCUAAUUGAUGAAUCUCGUGAUAUCUCAAUAGCAGAGCAGAUGGCUGUGAUUGUGAGGUUUGUGAACAAUAAAGGAAUGGUUGUGGAAAGGUUUUUGGGUCUCAAACAUGUGGAGGAUACAACAUCAAAUGCAUUAAAGAAAGCUUUGCUUGAGAUGCUUGCUGACUAUGGUUUAUCUGUUGCUAAACUUCGAGGGCAAGGAUAUGAUGGAGCUUCAAAUAUGAGAGGUGAAUUCAAUGGUUUGCAAAAACAAAUUCGUGAUGAGAACCCUUAUGCUUUCUAUGUUCAUUGCUUUGCUCAUCAAUUGCAGUUGGUCAUUGUUUCCGUUACAACUUGUUGUUCAUCUUUCUCUGAUUUCUUCAACUAUGUGAGUUUGAUUGUGACUAGUGCUAGUUCAUCUUGUCGAAGGAAAGAUAAGUUAAUUGCACAUAAUCGCGAUACCAUUUUGCAAAAGUUGGAUAGUGGUGAGAUUUUUUCAGGAAAGGGGAAAAAUCAAAGAACAAACUUGGUUAGACCUGGUGAUACAAGAUGGGGUUCUCAUUUCACAACAUUACUCCGUAUUGAGUCAAUGUGGGAUUCUGUGGUCAGAGUGUUGUCCAUGAUUCAUGGGGAUGAGCGUAAUCCUGGUCGAGCAGCUGGUUUGGUACGCAAAAUGGAGAGCUUUUCCUUUGUUUUAAAUAUGAAAUUGAUGUUGCAAGUUCUUCGCAUUACAAAUGAGUUGUCUCUCUUGCUACAAAGAAAGGAUCAAAAUAUUGUUCAGUCUAUGUCAUUACUAGUUGAUGUCAAGACACGUUUGGUCACCUUGCGAAAUGAAGGUUGGGAGCCAUUAUUUAAAGAAGUCAAAUCUUUUUGUGUUGCCAAAAAGAUUCCACUACCAAAUAUGAAUAAGCCCAUACCAAGAUGGGGUCGCUCAAGGCUUGAUGGCGACUUGAUAACUCAAGAGCAUCAUUAUCGUGUUGAUACUUUCUUUGCUGCUCUUGAUGCUAUUAUCACGGAGAUGGAUCAUCGCUUUAAUGAGGUAUCAUCAGAGUUACUUGUUUGCUUAUCCUGUCUUCAUCCAAGAGACUCAUUCGCUAAGUUUGAUGUUGAUAAGAUUGUUCGUCUGACGGAGAUCUAUGAUCAUGAUUUCUCAAUUGUUGAGCGUUCGCUUAUAAGGGAUCAACUUAAGACCUUCAUUCUUCACGUGCGAAGAGUUGAUGAUUUCAAAGCUUGUCAUGAUCUUGGAAGCUUAGCCAUGAAAUUGAUAGAAACUGAAAAAUAUCUUGCUUUUCCUCUAGUCUAUCGCAUCAUAGAGUUAGCAUUGCUCCUUCCAGUGGCAACGGCAUCGGUUGAAAGAUCUUUCUCGGCUAUGAAUAUAAUCAAGACAGAUUUACGCAAUAGGAUAUCUGAUGAGUGGCUCAAUGACUUGAUUUUGUGCUACAUUGAGAAGGAUAUUUUUAGAGGACUUGAUUCGGAUAAAAUUAAGAAGACAUUUCAAGUUAUGAAAGAUCGAAAAAUGAGCUUGCCUAAACCUCCUAAAAGACCUAGACAUUCUUAGUGUUUUAUGAGUGGUAUGUCUUCUCGUAAUAUUAUCUACAUUUUUGCAAUAUAUGAUCACUUAAUUAUCACUCACUAAUUGAAUAAUUUUUGAAUUUGACAGGUUUGUACUAUAUCUUUUGAUAUAUGUUGAUUUAUAUGGUUUAAGAAUCGUUGUUUACUCGACUACUUGUAUA